UUAGGGCAGGAGAAAGAGACGGAGGCUAUGCCUGGGCAGCUGACUAAGAGAGCCUACAGGCUGAAGUGCCACCGAGAGGAAACAAUAAAUCUCAGCUACUAUGCAAUAAAUUGCUCCAGCUUCAGCUAAGGACGUGAUCGGCUCCCGUGAAACAGUGAUUUGGGGGUGGGGGGAAAGUCCCGGUUGUGAUCUGAAUCUUCUUCACUCAGCCUUUGCUCUACCUUCUCAUCCCCCAAAGAGGUCAUUAAAGGCAAAGCCAAAUAACUAAGUUGUUUUUCAAAGCAGCAAGGAAAAGGUGGAGGGGAAGUGUUUCUAAAAGCAGGAGAGAAGAGGGCUAGUAACAUGACCAUUUUCCUUGGGUUUGCUUUCCUCGCUGCUCUCCUGCUUCACGUAGGCUGCAGUAAUCCACACCGGAGCACAGAGUCCAAUGCAAGAAGGUAUAACCGGAUUCAGCAUGGGCAAUGCACCUACACAUUCAUCCUUCCAGAACAGGACAGGAACUGUCGCGAAAGCACCGCUGACCAAUACAACACCAAUGCUCUCCAAAGGGAUGCCCCCCACAUGGAACCGGAUUUCUCUUCCCAGAAACUGCAGCGCCUGGAGCAUGUGAUGGAAAAUUACACACAGUGGCUACAAAAGCUUGAGAACUACAUUGUGGAAAACAUGAAGUCAGAGAUGGCUCAGCUUCAGCAGAAUGCUGUCCAGAACCACACAGCCACCAUGCUGGAGAUAGGAACCAGUCUCCUCAGUCAGACUGCAGAACAGACAAGAAAGCUUACAGAUGUAGAAACCCAGGUACUAAAUCAGACAUCCCGACUAGAAAUUCAGCUCCUGGAAAAUUCAUUAUCUACUUACAAGCUGGAGAAACAACUGCUCCAACAGACCCAUGAAAUCUUUAAAAUUCAAGAGAAAAACAGCUUACUGGAGCACAAAGUCCUUGAAAUGGAAGAAAGACAUAAAGGAGAGCUGGAUACUUUGAAGGAGGAAAAAGAGAACCUGCAAAGUUUGGUUUCACGUCAAAGCUACAUCAUCCAAGAACUGGAGAGGCAACUGAACAAAGCCACAACCAAUAACAGCAUCCUGCAGAAACAGCAGCUGGAACUAAUGGACACAGUUCACAGCUUAGUCAGUCUUUGUUCUAAGGAAGGAGUGUUACUAAAGAGUGCAAAAAGAGAAGAUGACAAGCCAUUCAGAGACUGUGCUGAUGCAUACCAAGCUGGUUUUAACAAAAGCGGUGUCUAUACUAUUUAUAUUAAUAAUAUAUCUGAACCUAAAAAGGUUUUUUGCAAUAUGGAGAUCACAGGAGGAGGCUGGACAGUUAUACAACACCGAGAAGAUGGGAGUCUAGAUUUCCAUAAAACGUGGAAAGAAUACAAAAUGGGCUUCGGUAGUCCCUCUGGUGAAUAUUGGCUGGGGAAUGAAUUUAUCUUUGCAAUAACCAGUCAAAGGCACUAUUCCCUAAGAAUUGAACUAAUGGACUGGGAAGGAAGUCGGGCUUAUUCACAAUAUGAUAGAUUUUACAUAGGAAAUGAAAAGCAGAGUUACAGGCUCUAUCUCAAGGGUUACUCAGGAACAGCAGGCAAGCAGAGCAGUCUGAUACUGCUUGGGGCAGACUUCAGUACCAAAGAUGCUGACAAUGACAACUGUAUGUGCAAAUGUGCCCUUAUGCUAACAGGAGGCUGGUGGUUUGAUGCCUGCGGACCCUCCAAUCUCAAUGGAAUGUUCUACCCUGCUGGACAGCACCAUGGAAAAAUAAAUGGAAUCAAAUGGCACUACUUCAAAGGCCCCAGUUAUUCAUUACGUUCCACAACUAUGAUGAUCCGACCCAUAGACUUCUAAACACAAAAGGCAAAGCAAGAACAAUGUGCAGUAUAGCUACCAUAUUCUGAAGAACUUCGUACUUAAUCUUCAGAAGCAGAGGACGGGGACUUCCUAGAAGCAUCAAAAUUGCAGCGGUACUCAGAUCUCAUGUUACUGGCUGCAGUAAACAGACAAAAGUCGCCACCAAAUACAUCAGGUGUGGAUGAAAUUGUGGUUUCUUAGUCUAGAGAAGAUGGCUAUGAUGACUAUUCAGUGGACAACAUUAUGGUUCAGUUGCCACAAAUGAACCAUUCAAUGGAAGCCUUUUAUUCCUUGGUACAAAAGGCACCGAAAUUACCAGGCUCCGCACAAGCAAUAUGACGUUUUGAAAGCAGAAAUAAAUCAUAAUCAAUGGGGGAAGUAUGCCUGAUGACAAUGAAAAUAGCAUUGAAUCUAUGCAAAAGCACAACCAAUAUUUAUUUUAAUUGGUAUAAGACAUGCCUUAAAAAUACAAAGAUGGCCACUCAAACAAUUGUCUGCUAUCAGCAAACCAAAUUUGGAUGGAUAAUUUCUCUGUAAUGCAGGAUCAAUAUGGUAUGUUAGAGUGACGUUUCAUUAGUCCCCUUCUAGAUGUGAAACAUGCCCCUAAUAAAGAGACUAUGAGUCAUACCAAACAGAGAAUGAUAAGAGCAAUAUGUGGAGAGUUGACAAGUGCCUUGCAGGGCUUGGGUGAAGUGAAUGUAGGUAAUUCAGAUAAUUGGCAUAAUCCUUAAUUAGGAUUUAUAGGAUGAUAACAAAAGAAACCAGAGGAUUUUUCUUUCUGACUGCUUUAGCUUUGGCCUGAACCAAAGCCAAUCUGAAUUUCACAUAUUAAAAGAAAAAAGAAAGUGUGUUUUUUUCUUUUUAAGAAAAGGCGAUGAAAUAAUGGUUAUUUUGCAUAUGGAACCUUCUUUGAAAAUUACACAGAAAUACAGCAUGUAUGCAAAUGGCAUAACCACAUAUUGUAACUGGACUGGGUUCAUUUUACAGUUUUAUUUGCAUGUGCACAUUUUAGAGUUAAUUAUUUCUAAAUUGUUAUUGGACUUUCAUUUCUUGUCUAUGUUAUUCACUUUAAUUUGAGAGUACUGUAAAUCAAGUAGGAGACUAUCUGUUCUUUGCUGUGCUUAAGUUACUGUCAUGGAAAAGCACAGACAGGGAAACAAAGGGAAUUAUUACAAUUAAAAAUUGUAUACUGUGAGCACAAUCCAGCCAACAUGAAGCACAAUAGUACUAUUGAUGGAAAAAUUAAGUGCUCGCUUAACUCUUUCCCCUUAAAAUGAAUGAAGCUUAAAAUUACUUAAGUAGAUCAUAUCCCAUGUGUAUAACCACAAUAAGAAAAUAAUAAUAAUUUGGUCAAUCACUUGGUCCAAUUACCAAUAGGUCAAUUACUUGGUUAAUUGACACUUGGCCAAUUACAAACUUGGUCUUAUAGUUCCAAUAAAGUGGAUUUCCUGUUAAAAAUCUCCAUGUGCAUAUUUAAAGUUCCAUGUAGUCUCUGAUGCGUACUGAGGUCCAGUUCAGGCAGAUAUUUGGUCCUUAGGUAAGCACUUAUGCAUCAUUUGGGUUGGGCCUGGGCCUCAGAAAUGUGUUAAUCAUUCACCUCUGUGUGAAUGACAUCACAAGUGAGAUGGCUGCUUAUACAUACAAAUGUAUCUGACCCAACAGAGAUAUGUGAUCCUUCUACCCCUUUUGGAAGAGGAAGGAUCAUGGAAAUCAGCUGAUUCAUCAGUGCAUUGAUACGUAUAAACACGUGGCCUGUUAGUAGCAUACAUGGAUAUUCAUAUUUCCCACCAUGCACAGGAGCUCAUUGUGCAAUAAAUAUCAGAACCAGCCUUUAUUGCUGUGCACAUGGAUUUUCCAUUGAUUUCCAUGUGGAUACUCAUCUUCACAGAAAUUUGAUGGACUGGUUUGGUUAUUUGGCCCUUGGCAAGCUUCUGGGCGUGGUAGGAAUGCAUACACAUGCAUGCCAUACUGUAAAUAGCAUUGUCAGUACACAGUGAACAAGGGCAUGAUCUACACACACAAAUCUUGGGGUGUGGGUGUGGCUUAGGUCUCUCUGGUAGUGUGGGGAUGCCUGCGCUGCACCUGAGGUGUCCCAUGCCAUAAGCGGCAUCUGAAUCAGAAGGGCUCCUCUUAUGAGAAGCCAUUCUCAAAAUCCACAUCUCCAAAGAAAACUGGAGAUUUUGCCAGAACUGUGGUUUUGCUUCAUUGUGGAAGCAGUGGUGACAUCAUCCUAAUUCCUGGGAAUCUGUUUCAAACUGUUCCCAUUUAGAUCUCUUUUUCCACCACAAUCUUUGAUUUAUUUCCAUUAGUUUAACAAAGCAGCUCAGCCUGUCCUCCUGACACUAGCAAAUACCCAGUAUUUCUUAGAUGUGUUGCCUCCCCAUGAUUGCCAGAGACUUAUUUCUGGGUUCCUCCAUAAUCCAGAACAAAGGACUGGCAUAACACAUGACAUGCCUGGGACCAAGGAGGCCCACCAAACUGGUGACAUUUCACGGUGUGGGUUGGGCAAAUAACUUUUUCUUAGUAGUUAAUCUUGGGGCACCUAGCUGAGGCAUCAGGACUGCUCAGAAGCUAUCUUUCCAUGUUGUAGCCAUGGAAUUGCCUGCCCCAUAUACAUGUGUGUGCAUUGCCCAUCUUUCUGCUAUGUUUCUGGUUUUCUCUGGCAAUUAAGUCCUUGACCACUCCACAGCUUUAUUCAUACAUGAUCUUCACAUACAGCAGGACAUGGUUUUACCAGUGACCUUGAAAUGGGAACGGGACUGGGUGAACCCAAAGUAUGUGCCUAAUUUUAAUGAAACAAAUGAUAUUGCUCACUGUUUCUCAUUUCGUGUGUGAUACAGUUGAAUAUCCAUCCUCUUAAGUCGUGAUAGGCAGCUUUCUUCCAUUUAUGGAAUGAACAUUGCAUAGUUUUUAGUAAAGAAAACAUGAAAGAACAAGGAGGCACCACCUUUUUUUAUUUUGUUUUGUUACUGUGACAGCUCCAUGAUUCUCAAGUUAAGAAGGUCUUUGUGUUUAUGUAUCUAUAUGUAUUUUUCUUUGCAUAAUCCUGCCCGAGGGGUUAAUUUGUUUGUUCUGCUAGUUAAAUUACCCAACCAUUUUUUGCUCAGCAGCGCCUUCAUACUACUGCUUUGUCUUUCAUUCCAGUGGUCUUCAUUUGUGUCCAAAAAUUGUGGUCCUUAAAGAUGUAAUUUUUAACGUCUCCAAAUCAGGAAUGCCAUUGUGCAGAUCGUAUUACAAAGGAUAAAAAAGAAAGAAAAAGAAAAGGAAUACCAAAACAUGAGCAUGAUAUUUACUGUUUAUUUAUCUCAGUUUGAGCAAAUGGGGACACGGUUUCCUAUCCUUUAUAAUAAAACAUUUAAAACACA